AUGCCAGUUAUUAAAGUUUUUACAAGUGCCAAAGUUCCAGCAGAUUUCGAGGUAAGUAUCUUUUUUUUUAAACAAGUUAUAAUCCAACAAAACAUUGUCUCCAGGUUUUGCUUGCUCAAACAUUAGCCAAAUCAAUGGGAAAACCAGCAGAACAUAUGUUUGUAGUAUUGGAUGAUAAAUCGAGAAUCUGUCGUGGAACUGAUAAUAAACAACAAUUUGCGAUUGUUGAGGUGAAUUCAGUAUUGUCGAAUUUGAAAAAUGUGGCAGCCUUAAAAAAUGAAAAACAGUGCAGAGCUGAAUGAAUGACAAAGUCAUUAUUUCGUCAGUCGCGUGCGGCUGUGCGUCGCGGUCGAAAAACAAUCAAUUAUUUAUUUUUUCCUUUGUUUUUCGGCCGCGACGCACAGCCGCACGCGACUGACGAAGUAAUGACUUUGUCAUUCAUUCAGCUCUGCACUGUUUUUCAUUUUUUAAGGCUGCCACAUUUUUCAAAUUCGACAAUAACAAUAAAUUAUUCGUUUUGAAAAAAAUUAGUUUUCAGAUAACAUCAAACACUGGUUUGACCAAAGAUGCAAAUGAGUUCCAUAUCAUCGAAAUUUGCAAACUUUUUCAAGUGAAACUCAAUUUAACACCGCAACAGGUAAAUGCAUAAUUUAUCUUCGAGAAAAUACAACAUAUGUUUUUCCAGAUUCUCAUCAACUUUUUCCCAAUUCAUGCCGAUAUGAUUGGAUUUAAUGGACAUGUUCUCUCAAAGGACUGA